AAGAGAUUUUCUUUUCUUUUAAUAUCUGUACCAUGCUUGUAUUUGAAGACGAACAGCAAAAAUAGGAGAAAUGGCAGUAAAAUUGUCAGCAAGAGGUCUUCCCUUUGUGCUGCGAGCGAUAGGCAACAGCUCAAACGCUAAAUCUUGGCCGUCUCUCAGGCGCGCAUUUUCCAUUUACGACCAGAUCAAUGUAUUGCCUGGCGUCCCGAAGGACCUGAUUCGCAUCGAAGGAUGUACAGAUACAGGAUUUGUGGCCAAUGGAGUGCAAUAUGAAGGUUCAUUGAUCUGCAUAAACAAUUUGAUUCUUUCAUGGAGUCCAAGACAACUAGUUGAUGUAACUUCUGACAGUUUGUCCAUUUUUCAGCUCUUACAACCUGCUCCAGAGAUACUAGUGAUUGGGUCUGGAAAACGCUCUGAGUUGGUAGAUCCAGGCAUCAGAAAUUUUCUUCGUACCAAUGGCAUCAAAGUGGAAUCUGUUGAUUCGUGGAAUGCAGCGGCAACUUUCAAUUUUCUUAAUGAAGAGGGCAGAGUAGUUGCUGGUGCAUUUUUGCCAUUAGGAAUUUCCAGCUAAUAGUACAAGGCAGUUUUAUUUGAAUAUCAUACUAGUGUUGUUGAAAAUGCUUUGUUACUCUACAGUGGGGAUGUGAUGCUGAGCCUUUCUGAAGGUCAUUUUUUUGUAUUUAACUGAUUGCUACUGUAACAAGGCUGAAACCUAUGUGAUGCUUAAAGAUGAACCAGACUGGGCAUCCAUGACUCUUUCAUGCUCAUUUAUUUUCAAAAUUGUUGGAAGCUUCCUUUGAUGGAAAUAUUUGUAAUAAAUGGUCAUUCACUGGGGUUGAGUUCCAAUUUGACGUGGAUAAAAUGAGAAAAAACAUCAGCCAUAAAAAAACAUACAAACAUAAAAUAAAAACCAGUGUAAAUUAUAAUGCAGAAAAUGAUUCUGUAUGGAUGACCUUUAAAGAAAAACAAAACUGAAGGUUAUAGCUUA